UAAAAGCAUCACAACCACGUUCUUCAAUUUAAUACUAAUUAAGGCCAUGUCGAAUGCUUCGGAGUACCGCUGGAGCCGGCAAGGCUACCGUCGCCUCUCGUCCCAGCAGCUCUCCAUCGACUUGGCUGAGAACGCUGAGACGACGGCGGCAACGACGACAAUGCUGAAGAGGUCGAAGACUACUAGCGACGCAAAGGUGCAUCCGGUGAUGAGGAUCCUGCAUACACCGUCAAAAAAGGAGACGGUGAGGCCAGAGUUCUUGAGGUACUUGGAGUAUAUGAGGGAGGCCGGUUCAUGGGAUCCCAGCUCCGACAGGCCGACCAUUUACUUCAAGUAGAGUCACUCGUGUUCUUAAUUUCGAUGCUUUUCAGCUGGUUGUGAAAAAAAUAUAUGUUUUUGAAUUUAUUUUUAGUGUUGAAUUUCCUUGAUUAAAUUUAAAACCGGCUUUGUUAAAUCUUGAUUAUAGGAGUUUACUUUGUUCAUCAUUAAACGUACCCAUUGGCUUUAAACUGAGUAAAUCACUUAAUUGAUUUUAAUCACCGUGGGAUGCUUGCUUGACAAAAAAUUUAGGGAUCAUGGAUUUUAAAACUUUGUAUACCUUUUGGUUUAAUUUAUCUCAGAAUAAAAAAAACUUAUUUAAGCAUUAAAUUUUUGUCCUCAAGCCUCAUGAAUGGAUUCAUGGCCGUAAAAGUUUUGGUUAAAUAUUAAUGCAGGUUAAAUUAUAUAAGUUUUUAAACUUCAAACGAACAUAACUUUUGACUUGAGACUCGUAAUUAGGGUUUAUCUGUCGUCACACGCACAAAAUUCGAAAAUCUACAUUAAUUAAAGGUGUAACCGUAACCGUCAAUUUUCAUCCCUAAAUUCCAACAUUUAAACCCUUUUUAGGGCAUUUUUAUUAUUUUUGGUAUUUUUUUAGAUAUUUAGGGUAAUUUUUAUAUUUUUGGUAUUUUUUAUAUUUUUGGUAUUUUUAGAGAGUAUUUGUCUUGAUCCUCAUCUUGAUUUGAGUUAAGAUUGUUAAGUUAGUUACUUUCCUUUUCGAUAACAAUCUAUUUACUUUCUUUACAAGAUUGAAAUUAAGAUAUGUUAUUUGUAAUUAUUGUAAUUUAUUUCCUUAUUUGAGUCUUAGGUUAUGGUCUAUAUAAGAGUCAUGUUUAAAUGUUGAGGGAUUAACUGUUGAAUCGAGAUGCGCUAGAGGGGGGGGGGGGUGAAUAGCGCUCGUG